AUCGCUUCUGCUUGGUACUUUCUCAUUUUUUUCAGCUUCCAUCUCUCCCCGUUCGAUCCUCUAUUUAUGAGUCUCGAUUCUCUAAAAUCUCGUAUCAAUUUAUUUUUCUUUGAGAAUAAAUUUAUUACACGAGCUCCAUUCAUUAAGCGCACUAAUCUCCGAGCUCUGGCUGCUGCUUACCCAUCUUGAUAUUUCGCAAUGGUGGUCUGCAAAUGCAGAAAGGCUACGAAGCUAUAUUGCUUUGUUCACAAGGUCCCUGUUUGUGGCGAAUGCAUUUGCUUCCCUGAGCAUCAAACUUGUGUGGUCAGGACUUAUUCAGAAUGGGUGAUAGAUGGAGAGUAUGACCAGCCUAAGUGUUGUCAAUGCCAAGCAGCCUUUGAUGAGAGCGGAGGUCAUCAACUCACUCGCUUGGGUUGCUUGCAUGCUAUACAUACAAGUUGCUUGGUUUCGCUUAUCAAGAGCCUUCCUCCUCAUACUGCACCUCCUGGUUAUGUCUGCCCAACAUGUAGCACUCCUAUAUGGCCUCCCAAGAUGGUAAAAGAUGCAGGAUCUCGGCUUCAUGCACAGUUAAGGGAAGCGAUUAUGCUGACUGGUCUCGAAAAGAAUCUAUUUGGGAAGCAUCCAGUUUCUCGGUCCACAGAAUCUCGUAGCCCACCUCCUGCAUUUGCUUCAGAUGCAUUAAUCAAUGUAUCUUCAUCUUCUCAUACACAACAAGGGAGGAAUCUUCUAGCUGAAAAUGGAGAAUAUUCUAAAUCUGCGGUUUCAGAGAUAGUUGAGAUAGAUGUUCCUUCUUCUGCUGGGAAUUACAUGAAAACCUCAAGCCCUGGACAUGUUGCUGCUGCACGGAAAGGUGUACUCGCUGUGGACAGACAGAACUCUGAGACUCUUUAUUAUGCAGACGAUGAAGACGGGAAUAAGAAAAAGUACUCAAGACGAGGUCCACUUCGUCACAAGUUUCUGCGGGCUUUACUACCAUUCUGGUCGAGUGCGCUACCUACACUACCCGUGACUGCACCGCCUCGUAAGGAUCCAACAAAGGCAGAAGAUGGUUCAGAAGGACGUGUAAGACAUCGAUCAUCAAGGAUGGAUAUAAGGAAAAUACUCCUUUUCAUAGCAAUCAUUGCGUGUAUGGCAACAAUGGGGAUUUUAUACUACAGACUUGCACAACGGGUAAUUGGUCAAGAAAACCCUGACGAGGAGCAGUAAUGAGGUAAUAUCGUAUCGGACGGGGACGACUAGAAAAUGUUUUGUUAGAAGUUGAUUUGGAGAGUUGUGGGAUGAGGUUCUUUGUGACAGUCUUGUCCUUUGUUUUUUUUGUUUCGCGGGUCGAAGUAUAUUUGAUUGUCACCUUUUUGUUUCUGUGUCGAUUGGCAUGUUUUAGUAUGUAGCUGUUUUGGUAUAGACGAAGUUACAUGACGCGCUGAGCAUUUUCUUUUGCCUUCUAUGUUCAAACAUUUUGUGGCCUCUAGAGUAGUCUUUUAUAGAAUCGUCAUUGUUAUGGUCU